GUCAUCUAUGGCUGUGGGUGCAUCCCGCGGCCUCGCUACCCUGUGGGCCUGGCUCUCUAUGGUGCGGACACUCCGACUUGGUGCCGUGUUCCCGAGGAGCCACGACCUGUUCCCGCGGUGCCUCCUGUCGGCUGUGCGCGCUUUCCCUACCAAUGCCACAAGCUAGACAAGCUGUCCCACCGUGCUGCCACUACGUCUGUCAGGGCCACUGACACGGACCAUGUCCAGGCCAAGCCCGGUAUGAAGGAUAGGACCCAUGGUCUUGAGCUCGAUGGCACUGGCGGGUCGGAUGGUGUCCUGCAGCAGCUCUGGGACGCCGUCCUGGGUGGCCUGGACUACGAGAUCGCGGGGCGGCAUGGCAAGCAGUUUCAGAAGACGGCCAGGGUCUUCUACGACAUCCUUGGCUUCCUGAACACGAUUGGGGCGGAGCAGAAG